GUUAGAAAUUUACUGUCACACCGCCCGGUCAAAAUGGCGGAAGCAAGUGGAGAAAACAGUGAAUUUGAGCCUUCUGUUCGAAAUAUCAUAGACCAGACAUCUUUAAAAUGGGUAUUUGUUGGUGGAAAAGGAGGAGUUGGAAAAACUACUUCAAGUUGCAGUCUGGCAGUUCUGCUAUCAAAAGUUCGGGAAACUGUCCUCAUCAUAUCCACAGAUCCAGCACACAAUAUUUCUGAUGCCUUCAAUCAAAAAUUUUCAAAAGUUCCCACACUUGUUAAGGGGUUUAAGAACCUCUAUGCAAUGGAAAUUGAUCCAAACCUUGGUGUUUCAGAGCUUCCAGAUGAAUACUUUGAGCAAGACAUGAUGAGUAUGGGUAAACAAGUUGCUACAGAACUUCUUGGUGCCUUCCCAGGUAUAGAUGAAGCCAUGAGCUUUGCUGAAGUUAUGAAACUAGUCAAGAGUAUGAACUUUUCUGUGGUAGUGUUUGACACCGCACCAACAGGUCACACUUUACGACUUCUGUCAUUUCCUACAGUCGCUGAGAAAGGUCUCGGUAAAUUAUUGAGACUCAAGAAUCAAGUGGGACCAGUAAUUUCACAGAUGGCAGGAAUGAUGGGAAUGCAGGACAUGAAUGCAGAGGAUAUGUCAGGGAAGUUAGAUGAUAUGAUGGCUACUAUAAGACAAGUUAAUGAACAAUUUAAGAAUGCUGAUCAGACAACAUUUGUAUGUGUUUGUAUAGCAGAGUUUCUAUCAUUGUAUGAAACAGAAAGACUUGUUCAACAACUAAUGCAGUUUGGUAUAGACACUCAUAAUAUUGUAGUUAACCAGUUACAUUUCCUUGCCAAGGGAGACAAACCAUGUAAACUGUGUGCAUCCAGGCAUCGUAUUCAGGCAAAAUAUCUUGAUCAAAUUGCCGACCUGUAUGAAGAUUUCCAUGUGACAAAGUUGCCUUUGCAAGAAGAUGAAGUCCGAGGAGUUGAAAAAAUAAAAGAAUUUUCCGAGCAUCUUCUGAAACCUUAUAAUCCCGACGAGACAUGAUGUUGGUUGUGAUAACAUAAUGUUUAGCAUUACUGGAGUUUUAUUUUGUGUAUUAAAUUAUUAUUUUAUAGUAAAUUGCUUCAGAUACCAUCCUGAAAAUAAUCAUGGCUAUAUGAAUGGCAUUAGUUUGUAAUUUGUGGCCUAGAAAAAAUUCUCUUUAGCUGACUAUUGAAAGAAUAGUGGGGCUAUUCUAUUAACAAUUUCUCAUUUGAUUUCAAGUUUCAUACAUGUGUGUUCUAAGCUUAAGAAGGGUCCAUUUGCCCUUUCAGGCAAUGACAGUACGGACCUCAUGGUUCGUACUUUUUUUCAGGGUUGUAUUUGUAGGUCUGUAAGCAAGACCCAUAACUCUAGCAUGGAAUUUUACUAAAUUAUUUCCUAUUGUGAAUAUCUUGUUGUUCAAGCUCUCUGUCCUAUGUUAGGACAUUUGUAUUGUACAGUAUUUACAACAAUUUGUACUGUAAACCAUUAAAAUUAAGCAUUUAUCUAUAAGCCUAUUAUAAAAUUCUUCUGUUUUGACAAUGUUCUAAAUUUUAUGAUCAUAUUUAUGAAAUUAAAUAAUUAUUAAAUUUUGUAUUAAUUUAUUGUUUGUAUCUGUUUGAAAACUAUGAUGUUUUCAUACCAUGGUAAAUGCAUGUGGAAAAUUUAUGGUUUAAGUUUAAAAUGUAUUUAUUUAUGUAUGGAAAUCCCCCAAACUAAAAUGAACUAUUCCUUAAUUUAAAGAGGGCAAGUCCAUUACACAAGUACAGUAGGGGAAUGAUAGGACUUUAUUUACAAUAUGUGUUCAGUUAUGUAAAAAUGUUCAUGAACAUGCCCCUUUAUGAUGUUUUCUUGAUAUAUUGUAGAUUGUAUUUUUAGCAAACAAGUGUGAAGAGAUUUAUUUUAGCAUAUGUUGAAAGCUUCAAGAUUUUUUUGGAUCUUUCUAUCAUGAUCUUCCUAGAACUAACUAGUGGUGAUGUCAGAUCAAAUAAUGUUAUGUUACUUUAAACAUUUAUUUAUGGUCAGUUGUAAAAAAAAAAAACUCAUGUAAUUAAAAUAAAUCACUUUAUACUCUUAUUUCUUAGAACAAACCAGUACUGAUGUCAUUUAUGAAAUCUUGGUGUAACGAAAGUAAUGCUCGAAUCCAUGAUUCCUAGGUUGAGAGGUAGAUACCUGAGCCAUUUGGCCAUUGUGCCCCUUAAGAAGCAUUAAAUUAGACUCAAUUUAGUUUAGUUAUGAAAACAAACUGUUGUACUACAAAACCAUUUAAUAUAUGUUAAAUUUUUAUCAUACAUUUAUAGAAAUAUUCAUUUUUUCUUUGUUACAAUUUCAUGUUUUAGGUAAAAAUUAAAUUCUUUUAAUGUGUAAAGUGCUGAAAAUUAUUCGUAAAUAUUUUAUUUUUUCAGUAAAAUGAAAUUAUGUACAUGAGCUAUUGCAUUGUGUAUAAUUCAGUAGUUGAUUGGUUUUUAUUGACCAAAAGGUUGUUUUCUUUGAAGAUAUAAUAAUAAAGUUGAUAAACAAUA